AUGGCUUCAUUGGAGUCCAGAAUACUUUUGAUUCUCCUGUGGAAGAAUUUUACUUUAAAGAGACGGAAGUUUGGAGCUUUAGUUACUGAAAUUGUCCUGAUGGUUAUAUUUAGCAGUGUGCUUUUGGCAACGAGAAACCUUCUUGCCAUAAAGCAUAUUGGACCUCUCAGUUAUGCUGACCAUAACAUCAGCAAUGUUCCAUCCUUCAUCACUACCUUUCCGCAUCCUUGGGAGUUGGCUUAUGUGCCUUCCAACAGCAUCGCAGUACAGAAUAUUGUCGAAAAUGUGAAAAGGGACUUAAACUUCCAUAUGAAAGCUAUAGGAUUUUCUUCAGAAAGUGACUUUGAAGAUUAUAUUAGGUCAACUGUCAACUCCAGAAAUGUACUUGCUGCUGUUGUUGUUGACCACAACUUCACAAACAGCAACGAUCCCCUGCCUAAGAAGGUAAAGUACUACCUGCGUUUUAGUAAUAUUAAGAAGAACAUGAAUGCUGGGGCAUAUGUUCAAGGGCACAGCUGGUUUACAAAGUUUCUCUUUCCACCUAUGCGUCUUAUGGGACCCAGAAACCAAUAUGAUGCAGAUGGAGGCAGUCCUGGGUACAUCAGCGAAGGGUUCCUGGCUGUGCAGCACGCCUUAGACAAGGCAAUCAUGGUACAUCAUGGUGGUGCUGCUGCAACAGCACUCCUUAGCGCCACCAGCCUUUCCACGCAGAGAUUCCCAUACCCUGCAUAUCACCACGAUUACUUCUAUGUGUUUGCUAACAUUUUCAUCCCCCUGAUAGUGGCAUGUACCUUCUGCAUGAAUCAUCUUACCCUCAUCCGGUCCAUUGUGUGGGAAAAGGAAAACCGAUUGAAGGAAUACCAGCUCAUGCUAGGACUGAGCAAUUGGAUGCUCUGGGUUGCCUAUUUCUUCACCUUCUUCUGUUUGUAUUUUAUUAACAUCAUAAUUAUGUGUGUGGUUUUAUUCAUCAAGAUUAAACCUGUGCCAAUCUUCCAGUACAAUGACCCAAUCCUUGUCUUCGUCUUUUUGUCAUUUUAUGCCGUCUCCUCAAUAUUCUUCAGUUUUAUGAUUAGCACAUUGUUUGAUAGAGCCAACUUUGCUGUGAGCUUGGGAAGCUGCUUUUUUUUCCUGACCUACUUCCCAUCCAUUUCAAUGCAUCAAAUCUAUGAGCGCAUGACACCCAAGCAGAAGCUGAUUUGGUCCUUCAACUUUAAUUCUGCUAUGACAUUCGGAUUUAAAUUCCUAUCUGACGCAGAGACAAAGAGAACUGGAAUGAAAUGGAGUAACAUAUUCUCUUCCACGGAUACAGACAGCUUUUUAUUUGCCUACGUGCUUGGGAUGCUUUUAGUCGACGCUACCCUAUACGGCCUUGUGGCCUGGUAUAUAGAAGCUGUCUUUCCAGGAGAGUACGGUGUGCCCAAGCCAUGGAACUUUUUCAUGAUGCACUCUUACUGGUUUGGAAAAUCACUUCAAAAAAACCCUGAAAUCUCCCAAUUUUAUGAGACAAUUGAAAGCAAGUAUUUUGAAGCUGAACCAGCUGAUUUGACAGCGGGCAUCCAGAUUAAACACCUGUGGAAGGUAUUCCAAGAGAAUAACACCAUCAAGAUAGCCAUUAAGGACUUGUCUUUGAACUUAUAUAAGGGACAGAUCACUGUUCUUCUAGGGCACAAUGGGGCAGGAAAGUCUACCACUCUGUCCAUUCUCUCAGGUCUCUAUCCCCCGACCAGCGGAGAGGCCUAUGUUGAUGGAUAUGACAUCUCACAGCAUAUGGCUCAAAUCAGGAGUUCCCUGGGUUUGUGUCCUCAGCAGAACCUGCUGUUUGAUCACUUGACAGUAUCAGAACACCUGUAUUUCUACUGCAGGGUGAAAGGAACACCUCAAAAGAUGUGUCUUGAGGAAACUAACAAAAUGUUGUCGGCCUUUAACCUGCUGGAAAAACGUGAUGCAUUUUCAAAGUCGCUGAGCGGAGGCAUGAAGCGCAAACUCGCCAUCAUUAUAGCUCUCUUAGGAGGCUGCAAGGUGGUGAUACUUGACGAACCAACAUCUGGCAUGGACCCGGUCUCAAGGAGGACCACCUGGGAUAUACUUCAAGCCUAUAAACAGGAUCGGACCAUCCUGCUAACCACGCACUACAUGGACGAAGCUGAUGUGCUGGGUGAUCGCAUUGCCAUCAUGGUCCAAGGAACCUUGCGGUGCUGUGGCUCUUCCGUCUUCCUGAAAAGACUAUAUGGCGUUGGAUACCACAUAGUCAUGGUGAAGGAAUCCCACUGUGACAUUGAUGAAGUCCUGAAACUGUUCCGUGAGUAUGCAUCCACAGCCACCCUGAAGACGAAUGUUGGAAAUGAGUUAUCUUUUAUUCUACCCCACGAAUAUGCUCCCAGGUUUGAAGCUCUCUUCACUGCUCUGGAAGAGAAUCAAGAAAACCUUGGCAUUUCUAGCUUUGGUGUCUCUAUCACUACCAUGGAAGAAGUGUUCCUUAGGGUCAGUCACAUGGAAGAUUCAAAACUAGAUGUCCAAGCUGCUCAGUCUCCCUCACUGGGAAGCAAAGACAACAAGAACAAGGGUGUUCCAAGCAACAUGAGAGCAGGCUUUCCCAGCCAGAGUGAAGACCCACCCAUUGUGUUUAACACUGGGUGUUCCCUCUACUGUCAGCAGUUCCAUGCCAUGUUCAUGAAGAGGUUGAUGUUCAGUUGGCGAAACAGGAGGGUGCUUUUGGUGCAGAUACUGGGGCUUGUCUUUUCUACUCUCUUUCUCCUCAAGUCUCGUGACCUUAAAUACGAUGAUGAGAAAAUGAGGCAAAUGAAUUUGGAUGAAUACGGUCAAACUGUUGUGCCUUUUUCUAUUUCUGGGAAAUCUAAUUUGACAGCAAGUCUCUUAACACACCUUGAGAAUAUGCUAAAACCCGGCAACCACAAGCUUAAGGAAGUACAAGGUGACCUGCUCAAAUACUUGGAGGGAAGCGAAGACUGCAUUCGCUUAUGUAUUAUUGCACUUUCCAUCAAGGUGGCUGCAAAUAGAACAAAGCUCACCGUUCUGUUCAACAACCAAGCAUACCAUUCGCCGUCUCUCGCCCUGGCAGUUUUAGACAACACUCUUUUCAUGUCACUUUCCGGUGCCGAUGCUUCCAUAACAGUCUCUAACAAACCUCAGCCACUCCCCCACGAUAAAGAAGGUCUAGGGAGUGCAGAAGGGAAGGUGGUUGCCUUAAAGAUUCAGCUAGGCAUGGCUCUUUUGGUCAGUGGCUUUUGCCUCCUCACCGUGUCUGAGAGAACCACGAAGGCAAAACACCUGCAGUUUCUGAGUGGGGUCUCUGUCCUUGUGUACUGGCUCUCUGCUCUACUGUUUGACCUCAUCGUCUUCCUCAUUUCCUGCUGCUUACUACUGGCUGUGUUCAAAUACUGCAAGAUUGAUAUUUAUGUCACAGACUAUCACAUUCUGGAAACGAUGCUGAUCCUCACACUGUUUGGCUGGUCUGCCAUUCCCCUCACAUACCUGAUGAGCUUCCUGUUUUCUAAAAGCACCUCUGCCUACAUCAAACUUAUCACAUUCUAUUACAUCUCCGGCAUCUUAAGUGUCUUGCUAGAUACCAUAAUAGAAGCUAAAAUAUCAACCAUCAUGUCUAAUUCCACCCAAGCCUUCCUGCUCAAUGCACUGCUCCUCUUCCCCAUGUACAACCUCGGCAAGUGCAUCAGCGACUAUACGGUAGUUUACCAGAGGAAAAUACAAUGCACCCGGCAAAAGAGUGUCCCCAAGUACCUGAAUUGCAGCAAAGAAAAUAUGGAGAAGAACAUUUAUUCUUUGAAGGAGCAUAUGGUCGGAAAGUAUUUAAUUGCUAUGGGCGUUACAGGCUUUGUUUUCCUUCUCUUCAUUUUCUUUUGGGAGAAUGUUUCAUGGAAAUUAAAAAUGUUUAUUCAUCAACACAUUUACUUUGGUACCUGCAAGAAAUACAAGACGGAUACAAUUUCCAAGGAAUUAUCUGGGAAAUCUGAAGAUAAGGAUGUAGAAAAUGAGAGAAGGGAAAUUCUGUACCAGCCUGAAAAGUUUAUCAAUUCUCCAGUUCUUAUUAAGGAGCUCACAAAGAUAUACUUUACAUAUCCACUAAUUCUGGCUGUGAAAAAUAUCUCUCUUGCUGUCCAAGAGAGAGAGUGCUUUGGUUUACUUGGAUUCAAUGGAGCAGGUAAAACAACUACCUUCCAAAUUUUGACUGGAGAAAAGGCUCCUACCUCCGGGGAUGUGUUCAUUGAUGGCAUUAGCAUCACCAAGAACAUCCUAAAGGUGAGGUCAAAAAUUGGCUACUGUCCUCAAUUUGAUGCUUUGCUGGAAUACAUGACUGGUCGGGAAAUAAUGAUCAUGUAUGCAAGAAUAUGGGGAGUCUCCGAGCAUCAGAUUAGGCCCUAUGUGGACAAGAAGUUGGACUCCUUGGAUCUGGAGCCUCAUGCCAACAACCUCAUCAGCACUUACAGUGGAGGAAACAAACGUAGGCUGAGCACUGCUAUUGCCACGAUGGGAAAGUCCUCGGUUAUCUUCCUAGAUGAACCGUCAACUGGCAUGGACCCAAGAGCGAGACGCCUUCUCUGGGACACAGUGAUAAAGACUCGGGAAAGUGGAAAGGCCAUCAUUAUAACGUCCCACAGCAUGGAAGAAUGUGAAGCCCUGUGCACAAGGCUAUCCAUAAUGGUGAAGGGGAGGCUCACCUGCCUGGGGAGCCCACAGUACCUCAAGAAGAAGUUUGGCAAUAUUUAUAUUCUGAAGGCCAAGGUCAAGUCUGAGGAAACAUCAAAAGAUUUCAAAAUUUUCAUCACACUGACGUUUCCAGGUAGUGACUUGAAGCAGGAGAAUCAAGGGGUCCUUAAUUACUACAUUCCCAGCAAGAACAACAGCUGGGCAAAGAUGUUUGGCAUUUUGGAGAAAGCAAAGCAACAGUUCAAUUUGGAAGACUAUUCCAUCAGUCAGAUCACCCUGGACCAAGUCUUCCUGGCUUUUGCCAACCCAAGCAACAUAGGAAAUGAUUAUGAGAGAAAGGUGCCUUGA